AUGCAUCUGUCCAUUGCCGGUGGAGCAAACUGCCGCAUUGGAGAUGCUAGAGAGGAGCAUGAACGCCUAACCCAGCCCCGGAACGAUAGCAAUGCUUACCACCUUGACAGCAUCAAUGGGUACAACGUGGUUAUUUCAGGGCUUAGCACUCCUGGGUGUACGGCUGCGGCUAAUGUUGUCGCUCAAAUGAAAAUGUCAUUCCAAAAUGUGAAAUUUGGAUUGCUCGUUGGUAUCGGCGGCGGCGUUCCUGUGAGGACUGAUUGGGGAACGGUCCGUCUUGGGGAUGCUGUGGUCGGCAAUCGAGCGAAUGGGUAUCCAGGCACAGUGCAAUAUGACCGUGGAAAAGUGGAAGUCAACAGCUUCAAAUGUACCAAUUCCCUAUCCCCACCGCCACCAGUGCUCCUAGCUGCUGUGAACGCCUUGGAAUCGCAACGGGACAGAGAGAGAGACGAUCCUGUGUGGAAGGCCAUCCAGAUGAUCGACACAACAAAACGAGGCCUCGUAAAAUAUAGAUAUCCUGGCAGAGGCCAGGAUCAUCUAUUCAAGGGAUCAUCUAUUCAAGCCGGCAUACAUCCACUUGGACUCUCUAACUAUACUUGCGAUGAAUGUGGAUGCGAUCUUUCGGAGCAAGUCCAACGGCCCGAGGACAACGAAGGCGACAUACAAUAUGUGAAGGUGCACAGAGAAAACAUGGCAACUGGCGAGAAGGAGAAGGUUAUAAAGGCUGCUGUGGAGAGGGAUCGGAAAGCAGAGCAGUGCGACGCUCUGUGUUUCGAGACGGAGGCAGCAGGCGUUUUUACCGACUUCCAUUUCCUCGAUCCGUGA